AUGGCAGACCAGCUGGCCCCCCAUAUCAAGUCGAGUCCACCGCAAGAGGGCAUUGCGCGACACCCAUCGCUGGCCGAAUCUAAUGAUGGCAAAUCCCCGACUCACUCACGCAAGAGAAGCGUGGACCAAAUGACUGGCGGUGAUAGCCAAAUCACUCGUAAGGGAAGAGCUUGUCUCGCGUGCCGGAAGCUCAAGGUCAAAUGCGACUCGCUCGAGAGGGGAGACUCAGGUUGCUCGAGAUGUCAGCGAUUGGGCCUGGAGUGCGUAACUUCAAAACGUCUACGAGUCAGUCUUGAUGAUGACGGGCAAACACAUCCUGCUUUUCAGAGAUUGGAGCGAGCCACCGAGGACAUCCUUGCCAAGCUCAAGAUGCCAAACCUCGAGGCUUACUCCGAACCACAGCAACCCGUGCAAAGGAUGCCAGAAUCUCUUGCUCCGACAACCCGCGAACCAUCUCGAGAGCCCGAGCCGAAAGCAGAGCAUGAUAUAGCAGGCGCGCCAAUGGAGGGGUUGUUUGAGGCUACCCAGUUGAAUACUCUCCGUGCUCGACUUCGCGGCGACCCCAAUAAGCGGAGUUCGCGGCGCAAAGUCGAGUCGGAUCUGAUCUCUCAGGGUAUCAUCUCGAUCGAAGAGGCCGAAGAGAUGCUUCAACUCUACAAAACAUCAUUGUCCCGCUAUCUGUUCAACGCGACUAUUUCAGAGGCUCGCACACUCGACAGUGUACGAGAGUCGUCUACCUUCUUCUUCACUGCCAUCAUGUCAGUAACUUCGCUCCAUGUUCCUGGUAAGGAGAAGAUCCAUAUCCAGUGCACGAAAGCGUUGCGCGACCUCAUUGCAUCCAGCAUGUUUGACCGUUUUCACACUCUCGAGGACAUCCGUGCUCUAUGUAUUGCAGCUUUCUGGUUGCCGGAUUUGAGCUGGAAACUUAGCGGGCACUGUGUUCGAAUGGCAACGGAACUCAAUCUGCACCAGGCAUUCUUCAAGGCGUUCUACUCUCACAAGCAAACUCCGCAGGAGAGGGAGCAAUCAUUCGAGAAGGCUCGACUGUGGUACUUGCUCUACGUUCUCGAUCACCACUUUUCAAUUGCCUAUGGGCGGCCACCAGUAACGGCAGAGCUACAGGCAAUCAAGGAGACUGACGUCUUUUUGAGUGCCCCAGAGUGCACGUUAUCAGAUCGCCGAGUCCUCUCGCAAGUUACGUUGUUCGCUAUUCUUAGCAGGGCGUACAAUGUUUUUGGGCUCGAAGCAGAAAGAUUGCUCGAGGGAGACGAUGUCACGUUGCUCACACAUGCCCGUUUCAUCGAGGAGAUUGAGAGAUGGCGUCAGAAGUUCCGUCAUUUUCUGCAAAUCGACCCUCAUGUUGGAGAUUAUCCUGCCAUUGGCGUUGACUUGCAUUACAACUUUGCGAGUAUGAUGUUAAACUCGUUUUCAUUGCGAGGCCGGUCUCUAACAUCGAUCGGCGACCUGCCUGCCACACUUCGGCCUCUUGCGUUGCAUGCGAUUGAAGCUGCACACAAGAUUUUGCAGAUUGUUCUUGAACGAGGCGAUAUCAAAGAGUCCCUGGUCGGUGUGCCAUUAUACUUGCACACCAUGAUUGCAUUCGCAGUGGUGUUCUUGAUCAAGAUGUCACCUCGAUGGAAACUCAUUGGAGUUACGAUCGAUGUCGAGACAAGAACAAGACCUCUUAUUGAAGCCAUCAUCACCACAAUGCGACAGUCUAAAGCAGGAGCGAACCACAUAGUGUACAGUAUGGCGAACGGGUUCGAACGGUUGCUACGGCGCAAUGUGGGACCGAAUGGCGAGCACGCAGGUCAUCUACGCCAGGGUCACCAAUUACCGCCUAUUAUGCCUCCACAAGAUCCCAACGGGCGUCAUUUCUCAGCACCCAUUUUACCAGGCCAGGAGUUCCAGCAGUCUCCCGGGUUUGGAGGGCCGCCUCGAAGCAAUUCUGGGUACGAUACGUAUGGCAUCAGCCCCAGCUCCGGCGCGACCUAUGGAGGCUGGCAAAAUGAGGACGACAUGCUUUGGAGCAUGAACAUGGGUUACGACCUGCUUGCGAAUGCACCAGACGUCAAUAUGGCAUCGUCAUACGCUUUUCACGACAUGAUGUAUGCCCCCCCAUCCCAAGGAGGUUGA